GGCGCACUCUGGUCUUGUACAGUUUAGCCGUCACUCAGCUCAGCAGCUUCAGGAGCACUCUCACAUACAGUACUGUACACACUAGCAGCACUCUCACUCUCAGGCAGCACUCUUACUUUCGGGCUGACACACACCAGCGGCACUCUGACUCUCAGGCUGUCACAUAUACACACUGUAAAUACCAGCCAGGCUCCUGGGAAGAAGAAGGCAGAGGAACCAUGAGAGACACUUACGAUGUGAUUGUCAUUGGUGGAGGUAUUUCAGGCCUUUCAGCUGCCAAAUUGCUCAAUGAAUCUGGACUUAAUGUUGUGGUUUUGGAGGCUCAGGACAGAGUUGGUGGACGGACACACACUAUACGAAACAAAGAAGUUCAAUAUGUGGACGUCGGAGGUGCAUAUGUGGGACCAACUCAGAAUCGUUUAUUACGGAUAGCAAAAGAAUUAGGUGUGCAGACUUACAAAGUGUAUUUAAGUGGUCACCUUAUCCAGCAUUCCAAGGGUAAAUCAAAUACAUUUUAUGGAGCGUUCCCACCUGCAUAUAAUCCACUCGUUUUCCUGGAUUAUAACAGUUUUAUGAGAACUAUGGAUCAGUGGGGCAGUGAGGAGAGAAAAUUUGUUGGGGGGUCUGGUCAGAUAAGUGAGAAGAUAAUGGAGCGUCUUCAGGGUCGUGUGAAGUUACAAAGCCCAGUAAUCAGACUUGAUCAGACAGGUGAAACUGUCAUUGUAGAGACUUUAAACCAUGAAAUCUACAAGAGCAACUAUGUUAUUAGUGCUAUACCACCAGUACUGACUACUAAGAUCCACUUUAAUCCCGAGCUGCCUUCAGUCAGAAACCAGCUUAUACAUCGUCUUCCAAUGGGAUCUGUUAUCAAGUGCAUGAUGUAUUACAAGGAAGCCUUCUGGAGGAAAAUGGGUUACUGUGGAUGUAUGAUGAUUGAAGAUGAAGACACACCAAUUGGAUUCACAUUGGAUGACACUAAACCUGACGGUUCUUCCCCUGCCCUUAUAGGAUUCAUUUUGUCCAGGAAAGCAUCUUCAUUGGCAAAUUUGAGCAAGGAAGAAAGAAAAAGAAAAAUAUGUGAAUACUAUGCCAAAGUCAUGGGAACAGAAGAUGCAUUACAUCCCGUGCAUUAUGAGGAGAAGGACUGGUGUAAAGAACAAUACUCAGGUGGAUGUUACACAGCGUAUUUUCCUCCAGGAAUCAUGACACAAUUUGGAAGUGUGAUCCGAAAGCCUGUUGGAAAACUAUACUUUGCUGGCACGGAGACAGCCACAUCAUGGAGUGGAUACAUGGAAGGGGCAAUAGAAGCUGGGGAAAGAGCAGCCAGAGAGAUAAUGUGCAAGAUGGGACUACUCACAGAGCAUCAGAUAUGGGUACCUGAGCCUGAAUCUACGGAUGUUCCUGCUCUGCCAAUAACAACCACCUUCUUGGAAAGAAAUCUGCCCACUUCCCAAGGCUUACUGAGAUUCUUUGGCUACUCUGCUUUCUUUGCAACAGCUGCUGCUGGUAUUCUUGCUUUCAAAAAGGGUUAUUUUACUUUUGAAUGCAAACAUUUUAUCAAUUUGCACCCUUAACUCUUUUUAAAAAAAAGUAUAUUUACUGCGAUAUGUGACUGUCCGUUAGCAAGGACGCUAGUAAAUAAAGGUCUUAGGGGGACUUUUACUAAGCAGUGAUAAGAGCAGAGAAGUGAGCCUGUGGAGAUGUUGCCCCAUCAACCAAUCAGCAGCUCUGUAUCAUUUUACAGUAUGCAAAUUAUAUGUUACUUCAGUGCUGAUUGGUUGCCUUGGGCAACUUCUCCACUGGCUCAAUUCUCCGCUCUUUUCACUACUUAGUAAAUGUUCCCCUUAAUCGGGUGUUUGGUAUUGGUGAAUUGCACAUUUAACACAUUUUGAAAUAUAGUAUUUUUCAAGUAAAAAAUGCAUAGUGGAUUGAGGCCACCUGAUUUAUGUCAGUUCAUUUAGACCAGGCAUGUCCAAACUGCGGCCCUCCAGCUG